UCUUCAAGGAGACCAUAAGUGAAAGGACACCACUAUAUACAGGCACACAAACGUAUGCAUACAUAAAAUCACUCAUAAAAUAAACCAUAAAUGUUCUGAUUGAAAAUGACUAAAGAUAAAGAAAUCAUUAUCCAAGUAAACUUACUAGAUACUAAACCAGAUGAAGAAAAGAGAAAUCUAACAGAUGUUUUUACAGAGACAUGUCCCCAGAAAGGUGUGAAUCCUGGAUUUUGUGAAGAUGAGUGCACUAAUCGAGAAUCAGAUCUUAAUGCUACAGCUAAUCAACCUGCAAGGACAGUAAAGUGCACACCAGAGGGUCAUACAUCCAGUAAAUGUUCCUCUUUUAUCAAAUAUCUGGCUUAUGUUUCUAUAUUAUACACCAAUGUGUUGAGUUUUGGCAUUGCUUCCUCUCUCGGCAUUCUAUAUAUCUACCUUAUCAGAGAAUUUAAAACCACAAAGUCUGAGACAGCCAUGAUAACAUCAGCAUGUACUGCAACUUUAGGUUGUGGAGGAAUAUUUGCAGGAAUGUUGUACAGAAAAAUUGGUAUUGGACGGUCAUAUAUCCUUGCCAGCGCUUUGUGUUCAAUUGGUUUGUUUGCAAGUAGCUUUACACCAAACAUAUGGUUUCUGUUUUUCUCACUUGGAAUCUUAUUUGGUUCUGGAGCAGCCAUCAACAAUAUCGUCAGUUUUGCAGCCUUGGAGAAAUUAUUCCACCAAAAUGCCCAUAUUCUCUCCAUUAUAUUGACAAUUUGUCCUUCGGUUGGAACCUUAUUUAUGACAUAUUUGUUAGAUGUUUUCUUAAAUAUCUACUCUUGGAGAGGAGCAUUGAUGAUUCUUUCUGGCUUCAGUUUGAACAUGUGUUUUUCAGGAUUGUUGACAAAAGUUGACAGAAAACCAAAACCUGAUAUGAAAGUCGAACAACUAAAAAUAUUUGAUAUGAAAAUAUUGAAAAACAAACGUUUUUUGAUACUAUCAACUGCUGCAUCAAUGAAUACAUGUUUUGGUUCCCUUGUUUUUCUCCUUAUUGUUGAUUUUUGGGUUGAAAAGGGUCAUCCAAUAGUAGAAGGGAUUACACUAAUUACUUUUAUAUGUAUUUCAGGCAUGGCAAGCCGACUUGUCUUUGGCCUCUUCAGCUUUUUAUUCAACAUAACACCAGCACUCAUUCUUUUAUUUUACAUAGUUUGUGGUGUAGGUGGGACGUUCUACAUUUUUGCUCCUUUAUGCAACACUUAUUCACCAUUAGUCUUCUUGGCUGUCUUGAAUGGAUUUUCUCGUGGCAUGUUGUCCACAAUACGUCCCCUGGUCUUCAAAAAGGUUGUUGGUGUUGAAGCUUACCCACUAGCCAUUGGUUAUACUUAUACUCUGAACGGGAUAUGUGCAAUACCAAUGGCAACUGUUGUAGGUAAAAUCACAGACCUUACACACAGUUAUGACUUUGCUUUUUAUCUCACUGGACUGUUUGAAACGCUUCUGUUUUUGCUAUUAGCAUCUUCACACUUACUGAUUACUUGUUUGAGCAAAAAGAAUCAUCAACUUAAACCUGAGAAUUAGCCAACAGAAAUGAAGCUGCAUUCUGAAAAUGGCUACACAGGAUUCUACACUUUUUAAGAAAAGUUCACAGUUGUAUAAAUGGAAUAUAUAUUAAACAAUAUUUCUUAUUAUAUUCAGUUUUGAUGUUCUUGUAUUCUGGAUUGGAAAAGCUGCUUCUCUACACAACAAAUUGCCCAUGAGGAAAGCUUGAGCCUACAAGGAACUCUCUAUGUGGUCUCUCAAGUUCACUUAGAUAUCUUAAGAAUGGUUGAAUAUAGUACAUAAUUCACUGGAUAAUAUGCUAAAGGGGGAAGUGGUUACAGUUAGAAAGUCAUCGACAAUAAAGAUUUUUCACAGAGACCUCUAUCAAGAAAAUAAAUACAGCAAACACACUGGAUAGUUAAAUUGUGAAAGCUGAGAUUCUAGUCAAAGUAAUAAACAUAACAUUUCAAAAGAUGACAGCACCAAAAUGUACCUACAGAUAUCUAAACUGGAAACACAAACAUCAAAACCCCACUUACUGAAACCCAUAAAUCACAAAAAUGUUUCCCACAACUGAAGACCUUCUGUGAAUUCAGAUAAAUCUAAGCACAUCCAAUUGACACAUAAAAUACAUUUAGUUAUUUUUAUAACUAAUAUGCACAUGUAAACUUAGAAUUGUAACCAACCUGCAAUACAACAUUAGCAUUCUAAAAAUCACCUUUAUAUAACUAAAAGAAGCUUCAUAAUCACUCACAGCAUUCACUGUCUUGAGACAGACUGACGUUUUUAGGUAGGUGCUUAUUCCAACUCAUUAGGCUGGGAUUUCUCCCAGUUUCUGGGGUGUUAAGCAUAUGAAAUAACUAGACUCUGCUCUGAGCAGGUCACCAAUCUAUUGUAAAGUUAACUCCAGCAACUGUGUGUAAUAAAUUUAAGUUGUAUAUACUGGAGUAAUAUGAAAUAAAGUGCCUUGCAUCUCGGACAUAUAUAAUGGUACAAUAUUAAUAAAGCAUGUAACAUGCUAUAAAUUCAAAUAUUGAAAAGAAAAGCCAACACAAAAUAAUAACAGACAUAUCCAUACUGCCUUCACACUCACCAACUCCAAACAGGAUAAACAAGUCCAACAAUAGUUUUAAAUAUUUUCAAAGACCAUCAUUGGAAGCUAUUCCAAUGAGCACUACAAAAACAAUGCAGAUAAUGCAAGAUGUGAUGUAAUAAUAUCAUGGCUCUACCCACCUUUAUAAUAUAGUAUACUGUAUUGCAUAUAAUAUAGAAAAACACCCAUUCAAAGCCCAACAAACUAACUACAACAGUCCCCUACACAAUUGUCCAUCAUCAACAAAUGGUAACAAAACAACAGCCAGAAAAAAAUUUAAGACAAAAAACAUAAAAUCCCAGUUGCAUAAAUGAAAUAGCCAACCCCCAUAAAAACAAACAGCAAUUUUGACAAACAUAAAUCAACACGAUAUGCAACAUAAAGAACCGACAAAAAGGAAAUGCCAGAAAUUAUUAACAUAGCGGACAAUAGGUUAAUCGUAUUUGUAGAGGGGAGAAAGCCCAGAUGUUUCAACUGAGGAAAAAGCGGAAGAGAAAGGAGAAGAGGAAGAAACAACACCCACAGCUGAGGAAAAGACACCAACAUCCUCGAAAGAGGAGAACACAGAGGUGGUCGGCUUUCUUCAAAAAGAGGAGGGAAAAAAAUGGAGACCAACCCGACCAAACUAAAUUUAAAAUAAAAAAAAGACUUGUACUACAUGGCCAUUAAGGCCAAUAACAAGAGACAUGUAAAUGUUUUGGCAGAUGUUCAUGUUACGUUUGUAUGAAUAAACAAGUGUAUCUGUAACAUGUUUACUUCAUGGCACCACCAUAAUCGUUCUACUGCUUUUAGUUUUUCCUGUUUUUCAGCUACUAUUUUCGGAAAGACUUUUUGCCCCCUACCCCUAACCGUAACCCUAUCCCUAAAACCUUAACCCUAACACCAGCACAAACGCACGAACGAUAUCAUAAAUAACAGUGACAAACGAAAUAUACACCGCCGAUAGUUGUUGUUGACAAACAACGGCAGUAAUUUUAUUCAGCUGAAUACACGUCAUUGAUUAGUU